AUGUUUGCGAUCUUUCUAGUAGCUUCAAUAUGGUAUUGCUACUCGCUACCUCAACAAGAAAUCGGCAUUAGCAUCCCUGUUUACAAAAAGAGUUCAUCGACUGAUGUCGACAACUAUAAAAAUGUAUAAGACAUAUAGAAUCAAUACUCAGUAGAAAUAAACAUUGGAAACUUCUGAUUUUUUCUAUAUAAUCCAUUUAUUUUUUUUAAAAAAAUUAUUAUUUUUAAUUGGGAAACCCUCCUCAAUCUUUCAAUGUCCUUUUGGACACUGCUGAAUCUGUAAGUUUUAUACAGUGACUUUGGGUGGUUUCAGACGAGUGCCUCAAUUGUGAGCCUAUUCAGAGAUCAUUUGUCCCAGGGAAGUCUAAGACUUAUGUAAGCACCGCUCUGUCAACAAUAAUUGAUGUAAAUUUUAUUUAGGUUUUAAAUAUUACUGCAAGCGGGACAAUAGGCAUGGAUUCUGUAUUUCUCUCAGAAGCACUUGGAGUCAGCCAAUUUUUUGUGCUGGUAAAUGAAAAUUUUAUAGACACUGAAACCUUAUUCUUAGCUGACGGUGUUUUAGGGCUUGGUUUCAGCCAGCUAAGCGGCGGCUAUGCAAAUUUCGUGCAAAACUUGAAGCUUCAAGGCAUGACUAAUAGCUCAAUGUUUUCGUUAUAUUUAAGCUCAGAAGGAGAUGACGACGCUGAUGCUAUUCCAUCCAAUCUUAUGCUUGGAGGAUGUGACUUAGAGACUUAUUCAUAUGAUGAUAAAUUUACUUAUUUGAACGUUACGAAUUCUUCUGGAUAUUGGGAAGUCCCAUUAGCAGCUGUUCAUUUAGAAGCAGGACUUGCAAUCGAAUCCAAAAGUGUGAUUUUUGACAUUGGCACCUCUAUGAUUUUAGCCUCAAUUUUGGAUCAUUCAACAAUAAAAGAUGCUUUUCGGUUCCACCAAGGCUGUGAAGAAGACCAAAAUAAUGGCUAUAUUUACUGUGAAUGUCCAUAUGAAAACUCAACAGAAAAUUACCCACCUCUCUCGUUUUAUUUAGGGAAUGGGCAAGAAUUUCAAGUUUCAGCGUUUCAUUAUUUUCAUUGGAAUGCGACAACAGGGCUCUGUUCUCUUUUAUUAGGAGAAAAUGCUGGAGAAAGCUGAGUUUUAGGGGACGUUUUCUUACGAGCCUACUAUUCAGUGUGAAAUAUGGAUGAUGGGACUAUUGGGCUUGCCCAAGCAAAGUCAAAUUAUGUACCUGAUAAAAGCAGCUCAAAAAGCGGGGUUUCUUUAACGUCAAUUAUUAUUAUAGCGUCAGGGGCUGCAGUAUUAGGGAUCAUUAUAGCUGCUUUGAUAUAUAAAUUUACAAGGAAUCGGUUAAAUAAAAAGAAAAUGCAGUGUACAAUAGCCAGUAUUUCUUCUGAAGAGUGCCAUUAUAAUGAUCAGUCCUCAUCAAGUCUUUCUGGCAGUGUAAACGAAUUUUCUUCGGAUUCAAUUUUAAAUGAACCUUUAGUUGAAAUAAAGCCAGACUACAUUGUGGUUCCUGCAAACUUAUCACAAUAUGCUAAACAUUAG